GAGCUCCUGACAGACUUAAGGAAAAGGGACGCCAAAGGGAUCUUACCGCGGGUAUUGUAAAAACAGACAUGGCUACAGAAUCUCCACGAAGGCCAAGCCGAUGUACUGGAGGAGUUGUGGUUCGUCCUCAGGCUGUAACGGAGCAAUCUUAUAUGGAGAGUGUUGUGACUUUCCUUCAGGAUGUUGUGCCACAGGCUUACAGUGGUUCACCUCUCACAGAAGAAAAGGAGAAAAUAGUAUGGGUCAGAUUUGAAAAUGCAGAUUUAAAUGUUUCAGAAGCAGUUGCUCCUGCUGCUGAUUUAGUGGCUCCCAAGGCCUGCUCUUGGUUUGCUGGGGCUGGGUUUGCGCUGGUGCAGCCUGCACUGGACUGCACUCACCCAGUGAGUGAGCUUUCUGAAGAUUUUUCAGAAAUAUUUAUGAUCAGUGGGGAAGCCCAGGAGCUCUUCUCUGUUCGACAUGGUCCAGUUCGAGCUGCUCGGAUCUUGCCAGCCCCACAGUUUGAUUCACAGAAGUGUGACAACUUUGCUGAGAAGAGGCCUCUGCUUGGUGUUUGUAAGAGCAUUGGAUCUUCUGGCACAAGUCCCCCAUAUUGUUGUGUGGAUUUGCAUUCCCUUCGUACUGGGGAGAUGGUGAAGUCCAUUCAAUUCAAGACACCUAUCUAUGACCUUCACUGCAACAAACGAAUCCUCGUUGUAGUCUUGCAAGAAAAAAUUGCCGCCUUUGAUAGCUGCACUUUCACAAAAAAGUUCUUUGUUACAAGCUGCUAUCCUUGUCCAGGGCCAAACAUGAAUCCCAUUGCUCUUGGAAACCGCUGGCUUGCAUAUGCAGAAAACAAGCUGAUCCGGUGCCAUCAGUCCCGUGGUGGAGCCUGUGGAGACAACAUUCAGUCUUACACUGCCACAGUCAUUAGUGCUGCCAAAACCCUGAAAACUGGACUGACCAUGGUUGGGAAGGUCGUUACCCAGCUGACUGGCACCCUGCCUUCGGGCGUAACUGAGGAGGAUGUUGCCAUCCCCAGCAGUACUCGCCGAAGUCCUCUGGUCCCAGGAAUCAUCACAGUCAUCGACACAGAGACGGUUGGAGAAGGACAGGUGCUUGUAAGUGAAGAUUCUGAUGGUGAUGGUAUUGUGGCCCAUUUCCCUGCCCAUGAAAAGCCUGUUUGCUGUAUGGCUUUUAACACAAGUGGUAUGCUUCUUGUCACAACAGACACUCUUGGUCAUGAUUUUCAUGUCUUCCAAAUCCUGACUCAUCCGUGGUCCUCAUCACAGAGUGCUGUCCAUCAUUUAUACACCCUUCAUAGGGGAGAAACUGAAGCCAAAGUGCAAGACAUCUGUUUCAGCCAUGACUGUCGCUGGGUUGUUGUCAGUACACUUCGUGGGACCUCUCAUGUUUUUCCUAUCAACCCUUAUGGUGGCCAGCCUUGUGUCCGUACACACAUGUCACCCCGGGUUGUGAACCGUAUGAGCCGCUUCCAGAAGAGUGCUGGCCUGGAAGAGAUUGAGCAAGAACUCACAUCUAAGCAAGGAGGUCGCUGUAGCCCUGUUCCAGGCCUGUCAAGCAGCCCAUCUGGCUCACCUCUUCAUGGAAAACUAAACAGUCAAGAUUCCUACAACAACUUCACCAACAACAACCCUGGCAACCCUCGACUUUCCCCCCUCCCUAGUUUAAUGGUAGUGGUGCCUCUUGCGCAAAUCAAGCAGCCAAUGACAUUGGGGACCAUCACCAAACGCACAGGGCCUUAUCUGUUUGGAGCGGGGUGUUUUUCCAUAAAAGCUCCAUGCAAAGUUAAACCACCCCCUCAGAUUUCACCUAGCAAAUCACUGGGAGGAGAAUUCUGUGUGGCUGCCAUCUUUGGAAUGUCCAGAUCCUGGUUUGCAAAUAAUCCUGGUCUAAAACGAGAAAAAGAUCAGUCCAAACAGUUUGUGGUUGAGUCCUUGUAUAUCAUCAGCUGUUAUGGUACUCUAGUGGAGCAUGUGAUGGAACCUCGGCCACUCAGCACAGCCCUCAAGAUCAGUGAUGACACUCCCCUGGAAAUGGUGACAUCUCCCCGUGCCAGCUGGACUCUAGUGAGAACCCCUCAGUGGAAUGAACUGCAGCCACCCUUUAAUGCCAACCACCCUCUGCUCCUCGCUGCAGAUGCCGUGCAGCACUCUCAGUGCCUGCUCGCUGGCUUAGUUCCUCCUGGAAGUCCUGGACCCAUUACACGCCAUGAAUCCUAUGACAGUUUAGCCUCAGACCACAGUGGACAAGAGGAUGAAGAAUGGCUUUCCCAGGUUGAAAUUGUGACCCACACUGGACCCCAUAGACGUCUUUGGAUGGGUCCCCAGUUCCAAUUCAAAACCAUUCACCCUUCUGGCCAAACCACAGUUAUAUCAUCGAGUUCCUCUGUGCUUCAAUCUCAUGGCCCAAGUGACACUCCCCAGCCCCUUUUGGAUUUUGAUACUGAUGACCUGGAUCUCAAUAGCCUCAGGAUCCAGCCAGUCCGCUCUGACCCAGUCAGCAUGCCAGGGUCGUCUCGUCCAGUCUCUGAUCGAAGGGGAGUUUCUACAGUGAUCGAUGCUGCCUCAGGUACCUUUGAUCGGAGCGUGACCUUACUGGAAGUAUGCGGAAGUUGGCCUGAAGGCUUCGGCCUCCGCCACAUGUCCUCCAUGGAGCACACAGAAGAGGGCCUCAGGGAGCGGCUGGCGGAUGCCAUGGCUGAAUCUCCAAGCCGGGAUGUCGUGGGAUCAGGAACAGACACAGCCCUUGACGUAGCAGUAAAAAACAUCACCCCCGAGAGACACAUGGCUGUGAAAUGUUUUGGAAAAAAAAAAGGAAAAAAAAAAACAAUGUCAUCAGCCCAGCGUUCGCGAACAGCCCCUACAAUAACAAAGCAUUGUGCGUGCGUGAUGGAGGAAGAACUGCAGCGAGAGGGAAGCAUCGAGACUCUGAGUAACAGCUCAGGUUCCACAAGGCGCAGCAUCCCACGCAACUUCGACGGCUACCGGUCUCCUCUCCCUACUAAUGAAAGCCAGCCCCUCAGCCUCUUCCCCUCCGGCUUCCCUUAGCCUCCUCCACCAGUGACGGCUCCGUGUCCGGCCAGCCUGCCCACUCCCACGGGGAGGGGAGGACCUGGUGUCAGUGACGUUCUCCAGCAUCUGCUCUCUUCCACUGGCCACCCUACCCAAGCACACUGAGGAAGAACCACGGCCUGGUUUCCCUGUCCGCCGCUGUGAGAAGAUGAGGCACCCAGCAGCUCUGUGGUCUCUCCCUCCCUCCCUUCCUCCCUUUUCAGUGUGGGCCAGGAGGAGACUCCAGAAGUUCAGUUCCACCCUCGCUGUUGCACAUGUUGUUACACACUGGAUCUGGUUUUGUGUUUUCUAACCAGUGAGGGGGACAGCCCACUCGUGGGCCAGCAGCAGAGCCCAGAGCUCCAGAGGCUGGGGGUGGGAGAGAAGAUGGAUAGAGCUAGGCCUAGAAUCUGGCUCCUCCAUGCUGGGGUGGCCACCAUCCUCUUCCCUCUGAUAUAACAAAGCAGGUGCUUCGCUGUCUCCCUUCACCCAUUUCCCUCCUGCUGCCACAUGAAUUGAGGCCAGGAGUAUUAUAGAAAAGGGAGGGAGAAGGUUGUCUCUAUUUUCCAGCCCUACUGCCCCUUUGGCUCGUGGGAAGAAUUGGUAUUUCUUACAGUUCCCCGUUUUAUCCUUAUCCUAUAUUAAGAUUCAACUCCUCUAUUUGGUGAAGGAAGCCAUGGUUAUUGAAACUCUGUAAAGAAGUGCACGUCUUGUCCCAAUAAAUCAAGCUGAAAUCGG